GCCCUGCCCGCUCCCGGCACGUGCCCCGGCUCCUUCCCUCACAUCCACCUAGUCCCGCUUUCCGCCCUGCGGCUGGCACCGCCUCCUGCCUCGGGCGGGCACUGGGCACGCCCCGCCGGCCCGCGGCAGGGUGACCGCGAAAGGAGCCGCGAAGCGCUGCCCGGGAUAGCUGCGGGGAGAGGGCUCGGGAUUGGAAUUCGUGUGAGAGGUACCAAAAAGGGGGGCUGAAAUUGAGAGGGAACGAAGGAAGGCUCCAUCUCCCGAGCCCAGAGCCUAACUCCCGCUCUCGUUUUGUGUGGCUGCUCCCGGCUGCCCGCGCGGCCUCCGGGAUGCUCUUCUCCCACGUGGGCCUGCGGGCUGAGCUCCCGGCAUCCCGGGCGCUCCGGGCCUUUGCAUUAUAUUUAAAUCUUUGGGGCAGUGCUCCAGUCAGUAAAACUUUAUAAAGAAAAAGAGAAAGGCAGAGAGACUGUUGUUCCAGCAACAUGGAGGAUGAUGUCAGCUUGAAGUUCCAUCAGCAGCUUUUGCUUAUUAGCGAAAAUCUGGUGACUGAAGAUGUAGAAGCUUUAAAAUUUCUCUGUACUGACUUGCUCCACCUCAGAAAACUAGAAGGUGUGAAGUCAGCACUAGACAUCUUUAAGCUUCUUAUGGCUCAGGAAUAUCUGAAUGCAGAAGACACUUUCCUACUAGCUGAACUCUUAUACAGAAUUAAAUGUCACUCCUUGCUCGAGAAACUUGGUUACACCAAGGAGAAAGUACAAGAACGUCUGCAUGAGAAGGGAAGAGUAUCUCCAUACAGGCAGAUGCUGUAUGAACUGUCAGAGAAUAUCACCAAUGAGAUGUUGAAGGAAAUCAUAUUCCUCCUGCAAAAUCAUCUUCCAAAGCGAUGGAUAACUCUUUCUGCUUUGGAUUUGCUGAUUUUAUUGGAAAAACAGGGUCUUUUAACUAAAGACAAUGUACAGAUACUGGAGGAUGUCUGCGUGACCGUUUCACCUGAUCUCCUGGAGACAAUAAAGUGCUACAAAAAGGCAAAAGAUAACAAGGCAGCUAAUUUUACGCAAGCCUUCCCUGAACUAAACCUGGAGCUGCGUGGAGAAUUCAGCAAUGUAGAAAAUGAAUCCAAGAAUAUGACAAGCUACAAAAUGGAUGGACCACACAGAGGAUUUUGUCUCAUUAUUAAUAAUGUUAACUUCAAUAGUUCUCAGAGGAAGGGUUCUUGCAAAGAUGCUGAGCAACUGGAGAGAGUAUUCACAUGGCUUGGUCUGGAUGUGAGAACAUACACAGAUCUGACGUCUGGGGAUAUUAGAAGUCUCAUGCAAACUUGGCAGGAUUUACAAGAUCACGAAGACAGGAACUGUUUUGUAUGUUGUAUUCUAUCUCAUGGAGAGUCAGGAGCAAUCUACGGGACAGAUGAGAAACUUGUAUUAAUACGCACCCUUAUGUCCCACUUCACUGCCAGUCGAUGUCCCCAGCUGGCUGCAAAACCCAAACUCUUCUUUAUCCAAGCAUGCCAGGGUAACAAAAUACAGCGUCCUGUCUAUGUUGAUACUGGUGCACAAACUUCUGACCUGUCUUCCAUGCAAGACAGCUUUCCUCUUUUUGAAAGUAUUCCUGAAGAGGCUGAUUUCCUCCUAAGCAUGGCCACAGUUGACGGUUACGUCUCUUUCCGGCACAUUGAAGAGGGUACUUGGUAUAUUCAGGCCCUCUGCAGCAAGCUACAGUUGUUGGUACCAAGGGGUGAAGAUAUUUUGUCAAUUCUUACACAAGUUAACGAAGAUGUGGCCAGACGUGUUAGCCCUUCAGGGACAAAGAAGCAAAUGCCCCAGCCAGCAUAUACCUUCAGAAAAAAAUUUAUAUUUCCAAUACCUACAGCCCCUCCACCUUCAGAGCAACAUCAAGGCUUUUAAAACAAAUCAUUUUAUCAUCUCAUUUAAAUGCAGUUCAUCACACUACCUGUUUUAAGACAGUUAGCCAAAACCCCGAGGAUUUGUUAGCUUUGAUGCAAGGUCUCAUAAAUUUUUUGUCAAACAAACUGUGAAACUGGAGGAGAUACAAUUAAAACAAUCCAUGUGCCAGCUAUUUACAUCAUCUAUAUAUUCAGAGUUAUCAGUGUUGGAAGAACCACACUUCUGUCAUAUUAAACAUUUUUGUAUCUGCACAGGCUGCAAAUACAAAAGGUUUAUUCUGGCAGCAUUGGGGUUGCAUGUAAGCUUUCAUAUGGUCUGGUUUAGUCUCAUCAUGUUUUAUUUUGCAGGCUAACAAUUUUAAAUCCUGUUUCUAAAUCCACUAGCUAUGUUCAUAGAGAGAAAAAAGUGGGAAUGAAGAGACAAAACCUUCAGUAGUAAGUGGAAAAGAAUUUCUUUCCUCUCUAAUGAAACUUAAUAAAGAACCAGUUACCAACUGAAAUCAGCAAUUUGUUCUACAGUGCACACUGAUACCCUCAAAUAGCUAAUAUAAACUUCAUGUACAAUGAAGUUUUCCAGAACUGAGUAAAGCCAAAGUGCUGCCUGUUAUUCCCUCUGUUAGACCUUGUGAACGUUUAUUUUCCCAUCACUUCUGAGAAAAUUUAGGAUAGAAGAUUUGCAUGCCAUGAAAUACAGCAGUCAGAUUAACUUUGUUAAGCAUUACAUUUUUUAAUUAUCAUUUAUUGGUUUAGGAUCUAAAAUGCAGCCAUUUGAGAAACAAGGCUUCUAUUGACUAAGCUGCUAACAGAAUUUUGUGAGUUAACUGAAAUAAUGCUAUGUUGUUUUGUUACGAGCAUUUAUUAUGUAUGCCUGUGUCUUUCCUGUUUGUUACUGCAUUAAAUUCAUACAUUUUAAGAGCUU